CCAUGUCGACUCGGGCCCGGAUGGCUCUCGUUAUUUUCUCUUUCUCAGCAACAGAAAAGGGUGACUUUUUCUGCUACCAUUUUCUUCACUCACCGACAGAAAGAGGCGGAUCAUUUGGGUCACAAGAGAAAGAUGAAGAGCCAAAGCAGUUAUGACCCACCGGCGUACAUUCCUUUAGGGAUGUCGGAUUCUGAAUCGGCAAUUGUUUUGCGAAAUGAAGACCCCCCCAAGCAGCAAAACAGUGUUGAUGGGCCUGUACAAUGGUCUUCUGGAAUCUGCGCAUGCUGUGACGAUAUGCAGAGCUGUUGUAUAGGUCUAUUUUUUCCUUGCUUUUUAUUCGGAAAGAAUGCAGAAUUUCUGGGUUCUGGGACAUUCAUAGGAUCAUGCAUGACUCAUUUUAUUUUGUGGGUACUCGUUAAUACCGUCUGCUGCUUAUUGACUGAGGGUCUUGUUUUGGGAGUACCGGGAUGCUUUGUUGCAUGUUAUGCUUGUGGCUACCGCAGGACCCUAAGAUCAAAGUAUAAUCUUCAGGAAGCACCAUGUGGAGACUUUGUCACUCAUUUUUUCUGCCAUUUGUGUGCCAUUUGUCAAGAGUACAGGGAGAUCCGAGAAAAAUCUGCUGAUUCUGUCUCUCCUGACCUGAGUCUGGCCGUAGUUACAGCCCCACCAGUCCAGACAAUGGAACCGGGUCUUGAAGAGUAAACCACUGUUUUUGUACUCAUGCAGGAUCAGCAUUUGGUCUAGGGUAUGCAACCUUCAUCAUGCCCCUCAGUGGAUAUUGUUAGUGAAGCCCUCCACAAUUUGUUUUGUCUUUUAAGUUCUUUGGUUAUACCAGGGUUGAUUUAGUUAUGCUAUCAGUCCUAUGGUGUGCUUGUUUCAGUGGUUCUGCUUCAACCUGCAACCUUUGCGGCUUUUCCAUAUGAAAGUACAUGAUGAAUUUUAUGAAAUGAAAAAGAAAACAGGAGUUGAAAAACAA